CAUGGUUUCUACACUGAUUACCGAAUCAAUUGAGACAGAGGAACGCCUUGACGUUGCUUGUGAUCAAAUUGCUUUGGCUUUGACUCGUGUCAAGGAAUUUCCUGGGCCAUCAUUGCACGGUGGUAAUGAUAUUGCGUAUGAUAGUCCGUCUGACUCAUUGAUUCUUCCAGAAGUUGAAGACUCUGAUAGCAUUGUGCAAAGUUUCACUAGGAAUUCUCAUGAGACUCUAGCUUUAGGAAAGCUGAAAGAGAGAAGAUCAAGAGAUGGGGAAGAUAUGUACAGGAAGAGAAGGCGUUGCUCUGUGCCUUGCUGUGGGCAGUUUGGACAUGAUGCUAAUGAUUGCCCCAUGAUGGGAGGUGACGUUUUGAAUGGGGAUGGGCUAGGUUUUUAUAGGUAACUCAACUGCUGGGUGAGGCUAGAUGUAUGAAGCUCGUUGUCCAUGUCCAUGCACCCAUUGCGUCUCCUUUUAUGAAGCAUCAUAGUUUUAAACAGCCCCAGUGAUAAUGAUGUAACAUCGUGAUACUACACUGACAAUGUUGUUUAACUUUUUGAGAUGGUUGUUAGGAAGAUAUUCAAGUUCCAGGGAAUGCAGAAUUAGCAGG